UAGCAUAUUUACCUGUAUAAAAAUAUUGUAGAAUAGGUAGAAUUUAUCCAGUUUCAUCAUGCAGUUAUUCAUCUCUACAUUGAUGAUUUCAGCUCUCAUGCUUAGUGGGGCGGUUGAUGCCCGACGAGGAAGCGGAUAUGGAGGAAGAGGAGGUGGAGGAAGAAGUGGAUCCUCCGAGUCCGAGGAAAAUGAAAACGGCCUCUGCAUUGAUGGCACGACCCUCACUGCAGCUUGUCUGUUUGGCUCCACUCUGCAACAAAAGAUGGCCGAAGCAGCUCUAAACUGCCCUGAAACUGAACACAGCUGGAGACCACGUGGUAGAAACUCCGCCAAGUGUCCUACUUUCGAUGAGAUUACGGUGAAACUUCAAGAAAGGUACGGACAAGUUGGGUGUAUGCUGAAAUCUCUUGGUUGGGCCAACGAGACCUAUGAUGCUCAAACAGCCAUCUAUGAGGCAGAUGUUGCUUCUCUAAACCCAGCUCUAUUAGAAAAUAUUACAGCUGAAGCUAUCCAGGACUGUGUCAACAAUAAGGUCAAUGACAUGACCCAGAGCCGUGAAGGCCAGCUUAUCCAACGUUGCAGCUCUAACUACACAGCCGAAGAGCUUGCAGUUGUGGCAAAGAUUAUCUCUGGAGUUGCUGGUUUCCAAUGCUUUAGAGAGACUUUUGACACCGCCUGCAAAACCUUCAUUGACACCACCUAUGUUCAGCCUCUCAUAGCAUCUCUGGUCCUAGCUCCGGGCAAAUAAUUGAGAAAAAUUCGCAAAAACCGUUUCUGUUUAUGUUUGUCUGACAAUUUUUUCCAAAAAAAUAAAUAUGUGAACAUUUGAAAAUUAAA